UCCUCCCUCUCUGUACCUUGUGACAACAACAACUCAUCCACAGAGCAGAGGCACACUUUUCUGCUGAUUUUCUUCCUGUCAUUCUCUCUCAAUCUUUCUCAGAGCCCUAAUUUCAGCACGGCACCUCUCCACAUCCAUUCGCGCGUCGGCGGAGCGCACUCGGGGUGGAUUUCUUCUUCUUUGCGCUACUUUUGCAUACCGGCUCUGUUUCCCGUCUGAACUUAUUUGAUAGGUGCAGAACACCAUGGCCGUACCGGCUGCUCUGAUUCCCCCAUCGUCUCUGGUCCAGCCGUGUCCGAUCUCAACUUCUUCGUCAGCAUCAUCAGCAUCAUCAUCAUCAUGUUCCGCGACCGCAGCAUCAUCAUCCUCACCCUCGGCCACUUCUGCGUCUCCUUCUCAGUCAGCGACUCAGAAUCUGUUCCGCACGGAUCUGAUCAGCACCAACACCAGCAGCAUCCCGCUGGCCGGAAAGCCCGUGUAUUCUACCCCGUCCCCAGUUGAAAACACCCCGCAGAAUAAUGAGUGUCGGAUGGUGGAGCUCAGGGGCGCCAAGGUGGCCUCUUUCACGGUGGACGGACAGGAGCUCAUCUGCCUGCCCCAGGCGUUUGACCUGUUUCUCAAACACCUGGUCGGGGGUCUGCACACCGUCUACACCAAACUCAAGCGGCUGGAGAUCACGCCGGUGGUGUGUAACGUGGAGCAGGUCCGCAUCCUGCGCGGACUGGGGGCCAUCCAGCCCGGGGUCAACCGCUGCAAACUCAUCUCCAGAAAAGACUUCGAGACCCUGUACAACGACUGCACUAAUGCCAGCUCAAGACCCGGGAGGCCUCCGAAACGGACCCAGAGUGUGACAUCGCCGGAGAACCCUCACAUCAUGCCUCACUCGGUGCCAGGCCUCAUGUCGCCGGGAAUCAUUCCCCCCACAGGCCUCACAGCCGCCGCUGCAGCAGCCGCGGCCGCCACCAACGCUGCCAUCGCAGAGGCCAUGAAGGUGAAGAAGAUCAAACUGGAGGUGAUGAGCAGCUACCAUGGAAGCAACACCCAGCACGGGGUCGACUCAGAGAACGGAGACCUUAGCUCCAGUGUCGGCUUGGAACUGCCGUUCAUGAUGAUGCCCCACCCCCUGAUCCCUGUCAGCCUGCCUCCUGCAUCCGUCACCAUGGCGAUGAGUCAGAUGAACCACCUCAGCACCAUCGCCAAUAUGGCCGCCGCAGCACAGGGACAGAGUGCCCCAUCCCGAAUGGUGACAUCAGUGAUUAAGGAACGGGUCCCCGACAGUCCCUCCCCUGCCCCCUCUUUGGAAGACGGCAGGAGGCCGGGGAGCCGUCCCUCUUCCCAGCGCAGCAGCAGCGUCUCCAGCUCUCCCGCGCACACAGAGAGCUCCUCCGACAGAAUGCCUGUGCAUCACAAUGGACUGUCGAUGAACCAGGCAUUACUGGGCCUGUCUCCCAGCAUCUUACCCGGGCCUAAAGAGGGUGAUCUGGCGACUCACGACAUCGGCCAUGAGGCUAAGAGAAUGCACCUGGAGAAAGGCGGAAGGCAGGUCUGGGGAAUUGUUGGAGAGGGUGAUAAUGACAUUAAAACCACGGUGGAAAUCACUGGGCUGCACGUCCCCUGCUGGAUCUGCCCGGAGAGGAGACGCUGUGUAGGUCUCUCCCAUAGACCGAGCAAGCCUGCGAAACAAAAAGAAACCCCCAUGUGCACGCCAACAGCAAGAGACAGCUAUGAGAGGCUCUCGUUGGCAGGUCAGACUUUACCUCCAGGAUUCCCCUCACCCUUCCUCUUCCCUGAUGGCCUGUCAUCUAUAGAGACCCUUCUGACUAACAUACAGGGUUUGCUGAAGGUAGCGAUUGAUAACGCCCGCGCUCAGGAGAAACAAGUGCAGCUGGAGAAGACGGAGCUGAAGAUGGAGCUGUUUAGAGAGCGAGAGCUCCGAGAAACCCUGGAGAAACAACUGGCUGUCGAGCAGAAGAACAGAGCGAUCAUUCAGAAGCGAUUGAAGAAGGAGAAGAAAGCGAAGAGGAAAUUGCAGGAGGCGCUGGAAUACGAGUCAAAACGACGAGAGCAAGUGGAACAAUCCCUGAAACAGACAUCACCCACAGAAAGUCUCAGAUCACUCAAUGACUCGUUGACCCAGGAGAUAGAGACUGACCGCAGCAGUGGCAGAACAGAUGCUGAGAGGACAAUACAAGCAGAUGGAAGACUUUUUCUGAAAACCACAGUGAUGUACUAACACCAUGGCAUUGAAGACUGGCAGUGUGUAUCUUAUGAAGAUUCUCCAGAGUCCCCUCGCAGUGUAAUUUAGUUACAGAAACAGGUCAAUCGCUCAUAGAGGUGCAUCAAGGGUUUAUGCUUGGCCCGAUGUGGAAGACGGAUUGUGUCCAAAUGUAGUAUUAGGACUUUUAUUCUCACUGAUAUAAAUGUUAUAUUAUGCCAGAUGUGAGAUUGGAUAUGAUAAGCUGGCGAAGGCGACAAUUUGAGCACAGUAAAUUGUACCAUUAGGUACACUUGGUGGUAAUAUUUACAACAAAUUCACAGCACUGAAGAUUUUUUAUACUGUAUUUAAACCAGCGAGAAAGCUUCGAAAAUUCAAUCUGAUUCAGAGGUUUCAUUUUGUAUAAAAAAAAGAAGAAGAAAAAAACUUAAUUCCUUAAUGUCAUAAAUAUUUGCCAAGAUGUUAAAGAUCUAGACUUGGAGAACCUCUGAAAAUGUGAAUUUGAAUAUAUGUUGAUCAGAAAAGACUAAUAUUUGCUUUUAAUGUUUUCUAAACUAGAAGAAAAAAAGAAACAAUCAAGUUUCAUUUCUAUCAUUAUUGUAUAUACAAGAACAGAAGAUAGGUUAACUCACUCACUUUGGUAUUUGUAUAUAAUGUUAAAAGUUGGCAUUGUGUAUGCAGUAGAUCUAUUAGGAGAAUAAUAUCAACGUUUAUAUUGAAUUUAUAGAUUUGUUUUGUUUCUGAGCCAUCAUUCUUUCAAUUCGCUGCCACUAUGGUGAGGAAGCAUGCAGGCAUGUAAAUGUGUUGUCCUGAAUUCAUGUUAUUCAAUAAAUACUUAACUGUGCUGAACAAAUGUA